AUGAUAUAUUACGUAGAUUUAGCAUCUGUUGAUGAAACCAUUAGUUUGAAUUAUGAGGAAGAUGAUAUUCGAUUAUGUACAAUGCAACGUGCUAUACCAGAACAAAAGCUAGGCUUCUUUUCAUGCUAUCAUCGAAAAGAACGUUUUCAUUAUGUCAAAUUUUAUGGCGAUUGGAAAUCAAGUUUGGCGUAUCGAGCAGGCAUCAAAAAUUUUGAUCGAAUCAUUGCACUAAACGAUACUAAUAUUGAAAAAGAUACACCAUAUCAAGUUGACAAACGUUUCAACACUAAUCGACAUCUCCCAGUUCAAAUGCUUGUCUGUAGUCCAGCGACGUACAUCCACUACAGAUCUACAGGAAAACUAUUGCAAAGUGAUCUUUCAACUGUCCAACAUUUGAAACCUAUAUAUGCUAUAUCAAGAUCUGAGUUCACUCUACCACGGCAAUUAAUUUGUGAUGUGUUCUCCAAUAAAUUUUCAUCUCUUCGUUAUGUUAAUAUGAGUUGUAUCGAUGAGUCCACCUAUAAUUUAUGGACUACAUCACCUUCUCUUCAAUAUGUAUCAAUUCUUUCUUGUAAACUAAUGUCUAUUCCAUCCAUUCUUGCUGUAUGUCCUAAUCUUCAUCAUCUUCAAGUUCGUAUUUUGUAUAACAAUGAUAAUACUAUCACAUUGUCUUCGCCAGUUAAUCAUUCACUUCGACGACUAACUCUUUGGAGUAAUUAUACUGAACUUACUUUCAAUGAUAUUGACAAUAUUCUUACUUAUACACCCAACCUUGAACAUUUGUAUUUGCAAACAGUAUAUAAUAUGCCGUUUAUCCAUUUAGCAAAUGGUCUGAUCAAUCGACUGCAUCAUUUAUCUCGAUUUGAUUGUUAUAUUAGAGAAAUAUUGCCUAGAGAUGAUCCAAUUGGUAAUUUAACAAGUGAUGGUAAAGAAUUGAUACGUAUUCCAGCUUCGAUUACAGGUAAAGAUCCGCCAAUUAAUGAUUGGACAUUGGUCAAUGUAAUAUUACCAAAUGAGAAAAUUCAAGUGUCCAUACAAUUAAAUUUUACAGAAGGACUUAUAGCAUUUAAUGAUAUUGCUGUCGAUUAUUGUGAUAGACCACGCCCUUUACCAUCAAAAUCAUUACCUCAAUAUCCAUAUGAAUGGUCUAUCUUAAAAGCAAGUAAUACUAUUCAAAUUGAACAUGAAGCUUCAUCCGUUGAUUAUACAUUUGGUAAUGCAUCAAGACAUUAUGCAUUAUUACCUAAUUCUAAAACAGUGUAUAAGAAUUCUAUUAAUAGUGAAGUUCGAAAAAAACAUCCAUCAGUUCCAGCUAAUUUUGAGCUGAAACCAGUGCGUGUUCGUCAUAUCGAAGCCUGUGGCACGAUUCAUGAUUAUAAGAUCGCUCUACCUGAUAACAAAUUUGUCAAAAUUUCCUUUCUUACAGGCGCAUUGCAAAUGUACCCACCAGGUGUAAAACCACCUGAACACCCACCGGAACCCACCAUCUCGGUUGACGAUCAAUUAACAUCAACAGCUGAUGAAUAA